UAACAUUAUAGCCAGUGUUGGGUGCCCACACUUUGCUUUUCACUUUGUUCCCUCGAGGAAUUUCGAUAAAUCACCGUCGCUUAGCAAUUUAUUCCCGAAGCGGCAUUUAUUUGUUUACAUAUUUUGUGAAUAAAACUCCAUCAAGAAUUUAUAACUUAUAAUGGACGAGUGCAUAAUGGAGACCAGCUCACCUACUGAGGCGAACCCAGAGCUCAACUUUAAUAUGGAGGAUGAGAAAAUGCAGUUGCAAGAGCAUCGUAGCUCAGUUAGAGUUGCUGGUGUGGAAGGCGGGGACAGGCAGGCUACAGCCGGCGUUUGUUAUUGUGGCAAGGAACGAAACCUUAACGUGAUUGAAUUACUGUGUGCGACAUGCUCGCGAUGGAUUCAUGAGUCCUGCAUUACUUACCAGUUGGGCAAGGGGAAGCUGUUGCCGUUUAUCACAAAUUAUAUAUUUGUGUGCAAAAAUUGUUCUGCCACGGGCCUGGAAAGCUUUCGCAAAAGCCAAGCUACAAUAUCUCAGAUGUGCCAGUGUGCUAUUGCCAACAUGCAGCAGGCGGCGCUUCGCGAAGGCAAGAAUCAAAUACAGUUUAGCAAAGAUAAGGAGAUUAUACCCUAUAUUGAACAAUUCUGGGAAGCCAUGACAACGAUGCCGCGUCGUCUGACGCAGUCUUGGUACUCUACCGUGCAGCGUUCCCUUGUGAAAGAUGUUAAUACAUUGUUCGUCUACGAAGAGCAUGUUGAACAGGGUGCCAUGUAUGGACUUUUUCAUCAGGAUUUGCGUUUAAUUAAACCCAACUACGAGAUUAUGAGCAAGACUGGCGCCCUACGUCUUACCGAGGAUGGUUAUAUGCAAGCUACGCUCGCUAAGAACAACAGGCAGAAACGAAAGUUUCCUGGCACUGAUGCGGGCCCAACGGGCAAGAAGGGACGUCCUAGCUCUGAUGUCACAGCCAAUGUGAAACUUCCUCCGCACGGCUACCCGCUGGAGCAUCCAUUUAAUAAGGAUGGAUAUCGUUACAUACUUGCCGAGCCGGAUCCGCACGCGCCUUUCCGCCAGGAAUUCGAUGAGAGCUCCGACUGGGCGGGGAAGCCCAUACCUGGCUGGCUAUAUCGCACACUAGUACCACAUGCAGUGCUACUGGCUCUGCACGAUCGAGCACCACAAUUAAAAAUCAGCGAGGAUCGACUGGCGGUGACUGGGGAGCGGGGAUAUUCUCAAGUUCGCGCUACACACUCUGUGAACCGUGGUUGCUGGUAUUAUGAGAUAACCAUUGAGGAAAUGCCGGAGGGUGCAGCAACUCGCGUUGGCUGGGGACGAGAAUAUGGUAACCUACAGGCGCCGUUAGGAUAUGACAAAUUUGGCUAUUCCUGGCGCUCGCGCAAGGGCACAAAGUUCACUGAGAGCCACGGCAAGCACUAUAGUGAAGCGUAUGGUGAGGGAGACACGCUUGGGUUGCUCAUUGACCUUCCCGAAUUGCCUACAAUGGACUACCUGCCCAACACAUUUAAGGACCGCCCGCUUGUUAAAUUUAAAUCACAUUUGUAUUACGAAGAUAAAGACAAAAUAACGGAAACACUUAAGAAUCUGCACAUCCUGCAAGGCAGUCGAAUCGAAUUCUUCAAGAAUGGCCAGUCCCAGGGAGUUGCGUUCGAGGACAUUUAUGGGGGCAGCUAUUUUCCGGCCAUUUCGAUACACAAGAGCUCUACAGUCAGUGUGAAUUUUGGACCAGCCUUUAAAUAUCCCGAGGUGUUGAGCGAGCGCAAGGCAAAAGGCAUGAAUGAUCGUGUGGAAGAAUUGAUCACAGAGCAAUGUUUAGCAGAUACCCUAUACCUUACAGAAAACGAUGGGCGUCUACGUCUAGACAACAUGAGUCUGUAAUCUUGAGUUUUAUUUGUGACUAUAACUGCGAUACGUAAGCAGAUGAAGAAAUACGCAUAAGGUGUCUUACUGAACCAUGUGUCUUGAAGAUUGAAACGUGUGGCAUGUGUUCUCUGAGUAUAGUUUGUACACGUUUUUGUAGUCGACUAGGACCAGUCUUUAGGAGUUAUUAUAUAAUAACCAAUAUUAAGGAUAUGUCUACAGUGAUUAUUAAGAUUAUAUUGUUAAGAAAAUAUAAGAUGGAAUUUGAUAAACAUACCAUUAAAAGUAGUUUG